AUGCCUGCUUCAAUGAGUAUUCAAAGAAGAAUUAUUCUAUUAGCUUUUGGAGCUGAAUUGGUUUUGAUAGACCCUGCAAAGGGAAUGAAAGGAGCUGUUUUGGAAGCAGAAGAGAUAUUAUGGAUUGAAGCAGAAGAGAUAUUAUGGAAGCAGAAGAGAUUAUUGGAUCCUAAACUAAAUACAUCACACUUAUCUUUAUCAUCAGAUGUUACACUAGAUCCUAUUCUUUCUGUUAGAAAGGAUCUUACAGGUGUUCCUCGAUACAAAUCUCCUGUGCUUUCUCCAGUUCUCGAAGACACUCAACCUCUUGCAACUAUCAUUCCAACUGUGCCUGCUAAAGAAAGUCAUUCAAAUGAUGAGUCUCCACCUAUUCAUCAAGAUGAAAAUAUAGAGGAGAACCCUCAAUGUUGCAGCCGGACAACCAACUGGCAACGAAGAUACUAUAUCUGA